AUGGCAGAGAAGUUUUCUGACUCUGCUGCAGAACCAUCGGUCAUUACUGAUUCCACCAUCAGGAUCUUACUGUUAGGGAGAUGUGGAUCUGGAAAAAGCUCCUCAGGAAACACAAUACUGGGACAGAAUGUUUUCAAGAGUCUAAAACGCUACAAAGAGAAAGUGACCAGAACAUGUGAGGAACACAGCUGUGAUGUUGGAGGAAGGAAGGUUUGUGUGAUCGAUACUCCAGACCUGCUGGAUCCAGAUCUUACUAAAGAUCAGCUCAACCAGGAGAAAGAUAAACUGCUGUCUCUCUGUCAGUCUGGUCUCCAUGCUGUACUGCUCAUGCUUCCUAUCGGAGAAGAUCUGCAGAAUGAGGAGGAGAUCCUGGAGUUCAGUAAAGGAUUAUUCAGUCCAAAUAUCCAGGACUUCACUAUCUCGCUCUUCACACGUGGAGAUGAUCUGGAGGAGGAUGAAACCAUUGAGCAGCACACAGUUUCAGGUGAAUGUUUGGAGGAUGGCAGUGAAGUCAAUAAAGAAUCUACAGAUAGUUUUGAACAGCUUUAUGGAAGCCAAUCACAACUUCGUGUGGUGCUGCUGGGAAAGACUGGAGCAGGAAAGAGUUCCUCAGGAAACACCAUCCUCGGCAAAAAACUGUUUACACCAUCAAGUGGCUCAAACUCAGAGACCAAAGAAUGUAGCUCACAGGGGAUUCACAGAGCAGGGAGAGAAAUAGUCGUGGUCGAUACUCCUGGACUGUUUGAAGAUUCCCUCAGUUCUGAAGUCUUGAGGAGAAAAAUUGUGAAGUGCAGGACGUAUUUAUCUCCAGGACCUCAUGUGUUCCUCAUAGUGAUCAGAAUUGGGCGUUUCACACCAGAGGAGUUUGAAAUAAUCUGUGAGUUAGAGAAAGUGUUUGGAAGUCAAGCAACAAAAUACACCAUGAUUCUGUUUACUCACCAAGACGACCUCAAGGAUGAAACAAUAGAGAAAUACAUCGAAAAUGGUGACUCUAAACUUAAAGAGUUAAUAGAAAAAUGUGGAAACAGGUUUCACUGUUUCAAUAACAAGAAGCCAAGUUAUCCUCAAUUCAAAGAGCUUCUCAUCAAAAUCGAAGAAAUGUCAAAAAACUCUCGCUACUCGGAGGAUAGCAACAGCCCAGGCAAAUGCGCUUAA